AUGUCCCAUGUCUCGGAACUGGACGCGGGCGGCCAGGACACCUCAGGAGAUGGCACAGAUAACACUUCUGUCGACCAAGAGAACAUCGCUAUAUCACCAGAGGCAAUCAAAAGCAUCGAACGCAACCUUGCCAUCGUUAUUCCCUGCAUGGACGAAAACGUCACAAUCCUUGAAGGCCUUCUUCAUGGGAUUCCACAUGACUGUUUUGUCAUCUUCAUCUCGAACAGCAACCAGGCAAACUAUGAGACAGAGUGCGAGUCGUUGAUCAAAUUCGGGAAGGUUGCGUGUCGACCUGUCUUGAUACAUCAUCAAGGUGAUCCAACCUUCGCUCGCACCUUCCAGGAAGCUGGUAUGUCUGAGCUAUUGCAACCCCAAGUAACAGGUAUACCUGAGGGAAAAGAACACAUUCCGCGCAUGAACAACGGAAAAGGAGAGGCUAUGAUGCUCGGUGUGAUCAUCGCAAAGCUUGCUGCACGCAAGUUUGUUGGCUUCAUUGACGCCGACAACCGGAUCCCCGGAUCUGUCCUCGAGUACUGCAAAGUAUACGCCGCGGGAUUACAUUAUGCACUACACCACAACGAACAUACCGAACAGAAUGAGCAUGCGAUGGUGCGUAUCAAAUGGAAGUCGAAGCCAAAGGUCAAGAACAGUGAGCUCGUAUUUGAAGAAUUCGGACGCUCCUCGCGUGUCGUGAACGAAUGGAUGAACCGCCUCCUGAGAGUCCUCGGGGAUGACGCUACCCCAGAAUCUAUGAUCACGACCGGUAACGCCGGCGAACACGCUAUGGAUGUUGACCUUGCCUUCAAGCUCCGAUUCGCUACAGGUUAUGCUGUUGAGCCGUUCCAGUUGAUCGACUUGUGGGAACGAUUUAGUGUUUCAAACGAUCCAUCUUCAAAACCCGUACGGAUCUUGCAGAUCGAAACGUGCAACCCACAUAUUCACAGCGCUGACCGACUUACUGGACAUAUCCCACGCAUGCAAGUUCAAGGCCUGAGCACGAUAUACCACUCAAGGUGUACACCCUCGCGUCUCAAAGAUGAACUUCGCAAUUAUAUGAGAGAAAAAUUGGCCACGGUCGUGGACAGUACCGGAGAACCUACGCCACCUCGCAUAUACAGUCCACUCGGUUCUUUCGAUUGGAAGAUAUUCGCAAAGGUUGGGUUAGGAAAGCAGGAUCUCCAUAAAGAAUAG